CACUCUUCUGGGAGCCCAACCCGUAAAAGCUGUCAUACCCUCCUCUCGUGUAGGCGGCGAUAUCGGCCAAAGUCGAGGUAGUUAGCCCCGAGUUCGAGUUCAUUUUCGUCCAGCGCUCACCUCCGAGAACUUGUCGCUCCUCCGCUACCAUGAGUGGUCUUCACAAGUGCGGCAGCAUCAUGAUCACCGGCGCCAGUCGCGGCAUCGGCUUGCAGUUGGUGGAGACGCUGAUGAACAGCAGCUCGAGGCCGGGGAUGGUGAUCGCCGCCGCCCGGGACUGCAGCCGAGCCAAGGAGUUAACCAAAUUAGCGGAGAGCCAUCCUGAUCUCCACAUUGUGACCCUUGAUGUCACAAACAAGGAUGACAUUGAAGCCGCUUUUGAGAAAGUGGAGUCCCUUGUUGGGGACAAAGGCCUCAACUGCCUGGUUAACAAUGCUGGGAUAUAUGUGAAAUCAACUCUGAACGAGGUCACAGCUGAAGGCAUGAUGAAGAACUAUGAAGUGAACGCAGUGUCCCCCUUAAUGGUCACCAAGGCUUUCUUGCCAUUAUUGAGAAAAGCUGCAAACCAGGAAACUGGAAUGGGGAUUCACCGGGCCGCCAUAAUCAACAUAUCUUCUAUUCUGGGAUCAAUCCAACUGAUCUGGGGAGAAAGCACUCAUGUCAUCGGUUACGCGUACAACACCUCAAAGGCAGCUUUGAACAUGGUGACCAGAAGUCUAUCCUUUGAUCUCUCAGGUGAAGGCAUUUUAUGUGUGUCCCUGCAUCCUGGAUGGGUGAAGACUGAUAUGGGUGGACCCCAAGCCCACCUGACCAAAGAAGAGAGCAUCACUGGGAUCCUUAAUGUCAUGUCAGACUUGUCAGAAAAGGACAACGGCGGGUAUGUGAGUUACACUGGAGAGAUUCUGCCGUUGUGAAGUGACUGAGUGGCGUGUAACGAGAGCUCGUAAUAAAAAUGAAACUGUGCACAAAGUCACUCGUCACCGUCAGACACUGUGUCUAGAGGACGAGUGAAGGUGACGUCAA